AUAGCUGUCAGCCCAUCUAAACCGCCUUCUUCCAGCGCACAACCCCUUCUCGCCUGUCUGUCUUCCUCCGCCCCUCUCUCCCCUCUCCCAUGGCGCAUCAAGAUCAUUAACCCACCAAACCAAGGUUUAUAUAUGGUUGCGUGCGUCGUCUCCACUGCAGCAGCCAGCGCAGCUCGGCGAGAUCGAUCGCGCGGCGGCGGGGCGCCGCGUGCACGCCGGAAUUGAAGCCGAGCGCGCGCGCGCUAGAGCUAGCUAGACACACAGAUAGGCGGAUCGAUCGCCUUGUAGCCCUUGGUAAGCUUGGAGGAUCGGCAAGGAGGCCGGGAGGUAGCUAGCUAGCUAGCCUCUAGGCGAGAUGGCGGCGGCUGCGGCGGCGCCGUCGUCGUCGACGUCGGGGUCGCCCGGCGCGGCGGCGGCGGCGGCUCGGCCGACGAUGCCGUACCGGUCGCGGUUCGGCGACACGACGCUGACGAAGGUGUUCGUCGGCGGGCUGGCGUGGGAGACGCCGUCGGAGGGACUCCGGCGGCACUUCGAGCAGUACGGCGAGAUCCUGGAGGCCGUCGUCAUCGCCGACCGCCUCACCGGCCGCUCCAAGGGCUACGGAUUCGUGACGUUCCGGGAGGCGGAGGCGGCGCGGCGCGCGGUGCAGGACCCGAACCCGAUGAUCGCCGGCCGCCGCGCCAACUGCAACAUUGCCUCGUUGGGCCCGCCCCGCCCCGCCCAGCCGCCUCGAGGCAGGGCCUCCCCUGGGGCCCAGUUCCAGGCCCCACCGCCAGCGUUCCAGGGCCCACCUUACAUCGCCAGGGGGACGCCACCACCGCCGGCCCAGAUGAUGCCCCAGCCCCAGCAUCAUGGUCCACCUGCGACCAUCUACCACCCUUCCCAGUCUUGGUACUGGUACCCACCUGACUAUCAAUACCAACAGGGCCUGAUGAAUUCUCAAGUGUUGCAGAGCUACUAUGCUGCCGCCCUGCAGGCUCAGGCUCAGGCUCAGGCUCAGCUGUAUGGCAUGGCGGCAUCGCCAACGGCACCAUCGCCCUACCAGUACUUGGGCUACAUGCCGGCUCCGGCGCCGGCGGUGACUCCAACUGCAGUGCUCCCACCUGCACAGCAGCAGAUCACAGGGCCGCCGCCGCCGUUCGUCCAGCAGCCGGCACAGCAUGUCACAGCGCCGCCGCCGUUCGUCCAUCAUCCAACGGCUGCUGCGCAGAUCCAAGGCUCUUUUGUACCCCUGCCUUCGCUUCCUCACAACUUCAGGCUUCAGCUCCCCCCUAAUGCAAUGUCAAUACUGCCUCCCACCCCAACCGCUUUGCAACCAGCUGAUCUGCAGGCUGCCCCUGCAGCAACUGGAGCAACAAACCCAAACAAUACUCCGACAGGUGCCUGAAAGCCAUCUGAAGAUAAAAAAGAUUUAUUCAGGUUCAAAAGAAUCAAAACAACAACACCCUUCAAGCUGACUGCUAUCUGGGGCAGAGAAAGUCAGAAAGAAAUGCGCGCGAAAAAGCGAUCCCAGUUUUCCAUCUCGAUCGAUCUGGUGCGGACAAAGUUAUUGGCCGUCUGUAACAGUCUCUCUGGAUGAUGUUGACCAACAUACUCAAAAAUAACUUUAAACCCAUUUUCAUUCUUUCAUUUUUUUUUUGUUCUUCUUUUACCGUUUCAAUAGCUUUUUUUUUUUUUGCGACGUGGCUGUCCAAUGUACAGGCCAUUCUGGAUUCUGGAUUUCAUACCAGCAGCUCAGAGAUGUUAGUCUCA